AUGUUUGUCCAACGGAAAGCAAGGUUCAUCGAAGUGAGAAACAACCAAGUGUAUGAAGCAGCUGUAUUACUCUAUUUAAUUAACAAACACUUUAACAUCGAAAUGAUCAUUCCACAAAAGAAAGCUGUCGUUUACGAGCAAUUUUUCUUGGUCGAACGUAUAUGGAGUGGCGAAGACAAGGUGGACGUCCGGAAGUUUGUGAACAAACGAUGUGAUGAAAGAAUCGAGUUUGAAAUAUCGGAAGGCGUUUCAUUCAAAACAGCGAGAAGAAGGCGAAAUACUAACGUGUUCACAGAGACCAUUAACAUGUUUGUCGAUUUUUUGAGGGAAAUGGGAUACUUUGUGGAAACCAAGGUGUGUGGAGGAAAAAGGGUACAAUUCAAAGAGGAAUACAUCACAGCAAUUUUCUAUGGGAAUGACUUGAUUUUUGGGUUUGAUGAAAUCAAGAGGAUUGGAAAGGAACUUGUUGGGCUUUAUCAAGAAAAGACGGAAAAUGCCAAAGUGAUGGUUUUCGAAAAGAAUGAAUUCAAUUUGGAGAAAACUGACUCUAUAGAAGGAAACCACCAAACAGUAACAAGGAAGCAACAGUAA